AUGGGCUCAAAAAAGUCAAGUCCGUCACCACCACCACCGCUGCCUCCCUCGUCAUCAGGGGCCGACGAUGACUCUGAAGGGCCGUCCUCCUCCUCGGCGACAACAAUCAACGAUCCAGUAUACGGACAGCCACAAUCUGUGUCGUCAACGCCUUCGUACUCUCCCGCGCCAGGACCAGGAAUAGGCCAGACGCCUCCGUCCGACGACCCUGUGUCCGCCCAACCACAGUCCAGCAACUCAUCAGCAGCAUCGAACCGCCUGAAUCAACUCACGUCGCAGAUCUCCCCGCCCCAAGCUGAACCCCAACAACCCAACACGAAACGGGCGCGCAAACCCAAGAGCUCCAAAGACCCCUCAUCCGAUCUGCCCGCCGACUACAGCGAUAUCCUGACCCAUCUGACUACCCUGCGCACCAUCGCCACGACCCCAGACACUUCGUCCCGCGGGUACAUCCGGCAAAAGACGUCCGGGAAGCUGUGGUCGCGCGAACGCAUCGCGACAUUACUGGACCCUCAGACGUGGCGCGAGGUCGGGUCAGUCACGGGCACGGUGACGUGGGAGAAGGACAGCGUCAACCCGCAGGCCGAGCACGUCAGGGCCUUCACGCCGAGCAACAACCCGCAGGGCUUUGGACGGGUGACGUGUCCGCGCACGGGGCUCAAGAGGCAGAUCUACCUGACCUCGGACGACUUUUCGGUCCGGGCGGGCCACGCCGAUGGAUCUGUGGCUAUCAAGACGCUGUACGGCGAGAAGCUGGCCCUCCGCCUGAAGGUGCCUGUGGUCAAACUUGUGGAUGGCUCUUCGGGCGGCGGCUCCGUCUCGACCAUCAUGACCCAGGGAUACUCGUAUAUGCCGCACGUGACGGUUCUCUCGACCGUCAUCAAGCAGCUGAACAUGGGCAUCCCGAACAUCGGCGCGGUGCUGGGUCCGGCGAUAGGCCUGGGCGCCGCGCGUGUGGUCGCGACGCACUUCAGCGUCAUGGCCGCCGACAUAGGCAGUUUGUUCAACGCGGGGCCCAAGGUUGUCGAAGGGGCAACAUUCGAAGAAGGGCUGAGUUUUAGUGACCUCGGCGGGCCAAACGUGCAUUGCACAAACGGGACCAUUGAUAAUCUCGCCGCCAACGAGAAGGAAUGCUUCGACCAGAUCCGCACCGUGUUGGGUUACCUGCCGCAGUGCGGCCAGUUCCAAGCCCCGCCGAUCAUAGCCAGUGACGACCCCGUCGAUCGCGAAGACUUGAGCCUGAGAUCCAUCAUCCCCCGCAAGAAGUCGCGCAUGUACAACCCCUACACCAUCAUCCUGUCCGUCGUGGACAAGGGGUCGUGGUUCGAGAUCGGUGCUCUGUGGGGACGCACUGGAAUCACAGGUCUCGCGCGCCUCGGAGGCAGACCUGUCGGCAUCCUGAGUUUGAACUGUGAAGUCAACUCCGGGGCGUUGGACGCCAUAGGGAGCCAGAAGUUGAUGAAGAUGUUGAAGUUUUGCGACGUGUUCAAUUUGCCCGUCGUGCAGUUUGUGGACGUUCCUGGCUACGCCAUCGGCACAGUCGCCGAACGCACCGCCACCAUGAAAUGGGGUGUCGAACUCGGCAAAGCCUACUACAGCACCACUACCCCGAUCUUCAGCGUGGUGACUCGUCGCGUAUAUGGGGUGGCCGGUGGCAUAAUGCUCGACAGCCGCGAACCUUGGAUGCGGAUCGCUUGGCCCUCGGGCAAUUGGGGGUCUUUGCCGCUGGACGGCGGGAUCGAGGUCGGUCAUCGUUUUGAGUUGAAGAUGGUUCGUGAAAAGGAGGGCGAAGAAGGGUGGAAGAGACGGUACAAGGAGCUUGAAGAUGAGUAUAUCAGAUUGAUGAACCCGGUGAGGACUGCGACGUGCUUCAACGUCGAGGAGAUUGUGGACCCCAAGGACACAAGGAAGAUCUGUUGUCGUUGGAUCAAGGAGAUGUACGGUCUGCCCAUGCAGGAACGGCUGGCAGAUAGGGCGUCUGGCAAGCUGCAUGCGGUGUUUACUUGA